GGUAAACAUAAGACGAUUACGAAAAAAGGGACAACGACCACAACACGCCGGGUAUGCGGAUACUUUGAUACCAGAUGGCUCUUCGAUACCAGAUCACAACAAAAGCCACGCGCGAGAGGAUGAGCGAAUCGGAGUUAAUGAAUGCCGCCGACGGCUCGUUGUUAGACAUUAGUUUAGAAGAGGAGUUGUCUACUAGCGAGCGGUUCUCGUGUGGAAUUUGUGAGGCCAGUUAUGCUAGGAAAGCCAACUUGAAGCGCCAUUUAAAGGCACACGAGGAUGGAUGCAUAAAGUGCUCAGUGUGCACUCAGUUCUUUAAGACUGAGGAAGAUAAACGAAAACAAAUCGAGGUGAAACAUAGCCCUAUCAUGUGCGAAAGCUGUGGAAAGAUUUGUUCAUGAUGCGAUUCUAACGAGCACCAAUGACAAAGGAUUUUAUGAAGAACAAAUGUGUAUUUGCCGCUUUAAGACUCCUUGCUCCCCUUAUCUAGAGUCCUGCUAUAAGUUCAAUUGAACACAGUCGUGUUGAUCUACAUGAUCAGUUGUAUCUUCAAUUCUCUUAAUCUCAAUUUACUACUUAAAAACAAGUUGAUUAUUUAGACAAUUAUUUUCGGUCGUCAAUUGAAAUAUAUUACUUCAGAAAUAAGCAUUUUGAAUAUUAUUUAAAAUUUGCACUUAUAAUAUUAAUUAUAUGAAUUAAUAGUUAAACGAUUUUUGAAAACGAACAUAUGGUUAUAUUUUAAAUGUGUAUGUAAUUACGCGCUUGACAAUGCAAAUUUAUUCGUACUUCAAAAUUUUUGGUUACAAUAGCCAUAAUAUACAUAAGUGCAUUUCAGGUAGAAGAUAAAACUCGGUUAUCAGAGUGCCCUAUAUCGGGAAUCAAAGUGUCCGCAACUUCAUGCAUACCACCUAUUGAAACAUGCUCUAUCUUCGUUUAUAUUUCAAUGAAUACUAUCAAAAUUUCAGUAUUUGAAGCACAGUGAUAACUCUACAUGCUGGAAUAUCAAACAAAUUCUUGCAAUAUUUCUAAGUAGUUUUAUUUUGUUGAAAUGUUUCUGUUCAUUCUGUUUAUGCUGUUUUCCGACCGAUUUUUCUAUUUGUGGGGGAAAAAUCUACCAUACUUGUUACACGUCGUUUUUGUUCUUAAUUCGAAUUAUAAU